AUAAAACAACAAAUAGAAGAAAUGACAGACACAAGAAAACACAGCAUAAUGAAUCCUACGAUGGUUACCCAAAUUUGCUUAUAGAAAACUCAGACAUCCUUUCAAACCUAUAAAUAUAAAUCCCCAUCGUCCAUUGAAAAACAACCAAGUAGAUAUUCCCUGAGUCCUUCAUUUCGUCUCUCCCAAAUAAACUUUAUCCCCUUGUCUUCAAUCCUAGAUUUUCUUUGUGCCUGAUACCAAUGGAAAUUCAGUUCCAACAACAAAAGCAGCAGCAAUUGCAUCAAAGAUCAAGCAUUCCUGUUAGAAAAGGGAGCAAAUUGAAGGGAAGAAAUAAAAACAACAAUAAGGUUAACAAGUUUGUUGGAGUGAGGCAAAGGCCUUCUGGCAAAUGGGUAGCUGAAAUUAAAGACACAACAAAGAAUAUCAGGAUGUGGCUUGGUACCUUUGAGACUGCUGAAGAAGCUGCUAGAGCUUAUGAUGAAGCUGCUUGCCUUCUCCGCGGAGCCAAUACUCGAACCAACUUCAUUACUCAAGUGUCCUUGGAUUCCCCUCUUGCUUCUCGGAUUCGAAAUCUUCUUGACAGCAAAAAAGGAGAUAAACAACAACAAAGUGUUCUAGUCUCAGCCCCGACAACAAGUACCACCACAACUUUUGGCCCCAGCCCCAGCACCAGCAGUAGUUCUAGCAGUAGUAGUUGCAGUAGUAGUGGUGGCUUAAGCAAUGAGAAUUCUUCUGCUAGUGGAAUGGUUCAAGAUACUCAGUUGUUUGAUGUUGCAUAUAAACCUGAUAUGAGCAACUGCACAAGGGAAUUUGGGUUUGCUUCUUCUCAAUCUGAUUUUUCUUAUACCUAUGAAUCAGGGUUUGAUAGGUUUCUUUAUACACAAGAAAUCAUGAAUUUGCCAAAGAAUGUUCUUUUGCCUGAGGAAACAGGCUCUGAGUUAACAGAAUUCCAAAGAAUGAAAGUUGAAAGGCAGAUAUCAGCAUCACUUUAUGCAAUGAAUGGAGUGCAAGAGUAUAUGGAAACUGUCCAUGAUUCUGGUGAAGCCUUGUGGGAUCUUCCACCAUUAUGCUCUUUGUUCUCCUGAGUGAUAGAUAUGCUUUUCAUUUGGUCUUUGCUUCCGUUUCUCCUUAUAAAAUCAAGAGAGUAGAUGAUCAUGUAGGUUUUGUUGCAAGCUUUUGUAAAGUUUACAAGGACAAAAAAUAGCCAGAGAUAAAGAGAUGAUUUCCAUUUUGUAAAAUGCCAACAAAUACACAAAAUUGAGAAAAUCAUACGAAGGUCUCCUAUAUCUCUUAAUACAAAGUCUAAGCAAUCAUGCUGAUUUAAAUAUGCCCUUUCGGUUAUUAUUUACUUUGCCAUGUUCUAAAAUUUCAUUAUAAACACGCAUAUAUGAUGAUCA